AUGCUGCACCAUAAGCUCGUAUACCCAGUUAUAUUCAAGUGGCGGAUACCAUGUUUAGGGUCUUCCCCACAAAUCACCUUCACUGCCAACUAUGCUACAGUGGAUGGCCAAAAUGGUAAUAAGAUGCUUCCCAUAAGAGACGAUCAAUGGCCUCAGUUGCAAGAACCUUCCCCCUACGAUAUCUUUGGAAUUUCAAAAACGGGCUCAGAAAGUGCUACACUGGAUAGAAAAUCACUGAAGAAGAAGUAUCAUCGCUACGUCAAAUUGUACCAUCCUGAUCAUUCAGAUAACAUUAUGAUCUUCAGCACAGAUAAAGUUUCCGAUUGUAGCAGCAAAUCGCCACUACUGUUAACAUCGAGUGAAAAACUGCAUAGGUUUAAAGUGAUCUCUCAGGCGUAUGAUAUCCUUCGCGACCCGAAGAAGAAAAUUGUUUACGACACAACAAGACAAGGCUGGAGCACCCCAUUUUCGUCAUCUACCAACGUCAAAACUGAAAAUUAUCAUUAUGCAGGCUCUUAUGGGUACCACUCCAGCUCGCAAUACGAGUAUUGGAAUGCUGGAACCUGGGAAGAUGCAAAUAGUAUGAGAAAUGAAAGAAUAAAGGAAAACUUUAAUCCAUGGACCCUAAUUGCCAUAGUCUGCGGCCUGGCUAUAUGUAUCGAAGGUACCGCGCUGUUGACCAAAAUCCAGGAGUCCCUAAGCAAGGCUGAGUUUACUCAUGAAGAAAGUGAAAUACACUUAAUUCAAUCAUACACAAAUUAUGGGCUGGAUACUGAUAAAUAUUCCAGAUUAAGGCGGUUCUUAUGGUUUAGAACUUGGGGCCUUUACAAAUCAAAGGAGGAUUUGGAUAGAGAAGCCAAGAUUAAUGAAGAUAUGAUACGGAAACUGCAAACAACUAAGUGA